AUGAGAAAAGCUAUGUGCAACGGAGAAGAUACAGGCCUUUUCUACCCAUUUGGAAAUGGAGACAUAAGGAGUCCCUCUACAGAUGAUGGAAGCUCUCCAGAAAUAAUAUUGGAAAAGCCCUUUGUAUAUUUUGGACAGGUUUAUCAAAAGACUUAUGUUAAUAACAAUGGACAUUUGACAUUUGAUGGGCCUCUUUCUCAGCCGACACCCAGUUAUUUACAGACACAAUUCAACAGAGACAUCAUUGCUCCACUUUGGACAGACAUGGACAACACUAUCAGUGGAACAAUCUCCUAUCGUCAGGUCACUAGUGGUGGACUCUUACUAGCGGCAUCAAACAACAUAAACCAGUAUUUUCCUAAUCUGAAUUUUAAUGCCUCAUGGCUGUUCAUUGCCACUUGGGAUAAAGUGCCAUACUAUAACAACUUACAAUCGGCAUCAACUUUUCAAGUGGUUUUGGUGUCUGGCAAAAACAUGUCAUUUACACUCAUGCAUUAUGGUCCUAUCACUCCUAUCACAUAUCGUUUUAUGUCCGGCUAUGACACAAGUGAUUCAACUGAUUCCUUUUUUAUUCCUGUCUCUGACAUCACAAAACUGUCAAACACAAGCAAUGUCAAUGUCACUGGUCGAUGGGUAUUUCGAGUUCACCAUUCAUCAGACAAUAAUGGUAAAGACUACACCUUCACCAAACCCAGUAAAUGUGUAUGA